AUGGGAUCUAUCCCACAUGCCACCAACGGUAUCAGCUCUUCGGAGAAGGCCAUCAGGUUAGCCAUCAUCGGCGGAGGCAUUGGUGGCCUGUGUCUGGCUAUCGGCCUCCUGAAACAGCCACACGUCGAUGUGCAAGUAUACGAAGCCGCUUCCACGUUUAGCGAGAUUGGUGCUGGAGUCGUAAUAGGAAACAAUGCCGAGCGAGCACUCCAGCUCAUAGGGUCCGCCGCAUGGCAAGCGAUGGAGAAGCAUGCCACUAGAAAUCUUUGGUCCUCUCACUCCGAUAUAUUCCAGGUUUUUAGGGUCGGCGUAGGAGAAAAAGAAGGCGCACUCAUCAGUGCCCCAAAAAAUCGCAGUCAGAGCGUACAUCGCGCACGCUUCCUCGACGAGCUGGUCAAACAAGUCCCCGCUCAGCGCGCUCAUUUCAACAAAAGGCUGCAGGAUCUUGAAGAGACAGAAGAUGGUGUGAUACUACACUUCAAUGACGGUACCACUGCUACUGCUGAUGUAGCCAUUGGAGCCGAUGGCGUACACAGCAGGGUACGAGAGUUGCUGGUCGGAGAGGAGGCUGCCAAACCAGUCUUCUCCGGAGCAGUCAUAUACAGGGGGCUGUUGCCAAUGGAUAGGGCGAUUGAAGUAAUAGGGCCCGAGGACGCUCAGAAUGCCGUUGUACUUUGUGGUCCAGGCCAGGUAGCUCUCAGUUACCCCAUCGACUUCGGCAAAAAUCUUAAUUGUGGCGUAUUCCACUUUGGUCUCAAAAAGUGGCCGCAUGAGAAGUGGAUUGUGCCCGCUGACCAUGAGGAGCUUACUUCUUCGUUCAAGGACUGGGGCGAACCUGCACGAAAGAUCGUAAAACUCCUCAACCUCCCCACCGUCUCCGCUUGGGCCCUCUUCGACAGUCCUCCCGCCCCAUUCUUCCACAGAGGUCGCGUCGCAAUGAUGGGCGAUGCAGCGCACGCCACGACACCCUUCCAAGGCCAAGGUGCCGGUCAAGCCAUCGAAGACGCCUGUGUGCUCUCCGCACUGUUUACAAAAGUCGUCACACCCAAAGACGUACCUACAGCGCUCGCUGCGUACGACCAGAUCCGCCGUCCUCGCUCCCAGCGUGUAGUGCAAACAAGCAGGGAGACGGGACAUAUGCUCUCGAUGCAGCUGCCUGGGGUCGGUGACGACGUGGAAAAGAUGAAGCAGUAUCUCGACACUAGUAUGCAUUGGAUCUGGGAUCGGGAUUUGGUGGCGCAAAAUGAGGAUGCGGUCAAGUUGUUUGAGAAAUUGCGUUGCCUUGAGUCGUGA